GUGUUUAGUGGUUUGGUGAAAUUUCUCAGCGAAGGAUUGAUAUCUUGUGUGUUCAGAAAUAAUUUUAAAAAAAAAAUACCCGCCCCCACCCAAAUGGUGUAUCAUUUGCGCGAAACUGCAACGGAAAGAGGAUGAAGAGAUAGCAAUUGUCGUCAUUCUUGUGUAUCAAUCAAACUCUCUAUCGUGAUUCGCAAUCUCUAGCAGGUUGCAUCUGGUGGUAUUUUCUUAAGUUGCUGCUACUCACGAAGACGAUUUUGUGUCAAUCGGCCCUUGCCUGCGUUGCCGACGACAAAAAAUAUUAUCUUCGCUUCUGACGACUCCUCGACCGACUCAUCCGAUAAUGAAGCCAUCAAGCAUCCAAUCGUAGCAGCUAAGAACGCCCGUUUUGUACCGGAUCUCGUGAGAAGUUGCCCAGAAGUGACACACUCCCCAAGUGCUUGGUCGGAUGUGUAUGAAGAGAUUGAAGAUGUGCGUGAGCGUGUAUCGCAAUUGUCGUGUUUCGUUGCGGACGCGGCAAAACCCUCCCCCAGACACCCAAUAGCGCCCCGCCGAGAGGUCAUGGGUCAAAACGUGAGUCUUCGUCGGCCCCGAAUAUCCCUCACAUGGGUCCUCCGAGAUCACCAGGCCCAGUCCACUACUCCCUCCACAGAGCAUCGCGCGGGAAAACACCAUCAGCAUCGGAAGAAGUCACGCGGCGAACGACUUUUCAGCGAGAAAUAUGCCAAUGGGACAGAAAGUGAUCGAAAGAUGUGCGCCGAAUCUGACAAAACCUCCGUCAGUGGCAAUAGUAAAUCCAGCUUGAUUGCCAGUGAGAGACUCCUUGAGGGUGGUGGUCUCAAGAACACACGCUCAGAACCAACACUUUUUGCCCCAACUCAAACCAACCGGCGUCAUAGGCAUCGUAAGAGACGAGACAGAAACCGCUGUCCACGUUUUGGAUACGAAAUCACCAACGUUGAUGACUUCCUAUCCAAGUGCUCUCUCUCAUCACCUGGGAAUAUCCCAGUGGUUCUGUCUGAGGCCAGUACCCUCUACCAAACUCGAUCUGGUGGAUAUCAGCUUGAAAUCCCGCUUCCAUUGGGAAUGGUCGUAAAUGCAGUGUUUAAAAAUCAAAAUUGGCUGUAUGUCCAGACACCGCAUGCUGAAGAAGGCUACGUUAACUACACUUCAUGCCUCCCUCUUGGGAUACUCCCCACAGUAAGAUCCUCAAAGCCGCCAGCCUGUUGGGAGACGAAUGGGGAUAUCUUUCCGAAGCCCAGCGGUGGGAACAUGACGGACAGUGAGAAGGAACUGCAAAUGCGCGGAACAAGAUCAGAGGGAGCACGAACACCUCGAUCACGUCGCUCGAAAUCUUGCGGGGAGAAGCAAGUGGAUGCUCUCUUCUUGCGGGCAACUAGUCAGCCGAAACUUCACGAGAAGCCUGCUCCUCUGAAGAUUUCGCCCCUCUUGUGCGCCCCAAAAGCUAAUAUCCAUGACGAGUAUGUGUCUCUGUUGCCCAAACCACGCCGAGGACCAACACUAGGUCAAAUAAAAUCGCCCCUGCUCUUGAGAGAGACUCUCCUGGCCGUGCGAGAGAACUACAUGUCGGAUUCCGUGAGUGUCCGGAAAGGGGAUGUAGUAACGCUGCUGGCGUGCAAGGAGUACAGGGAUAAGAAUUCCUGUCGCCAGUGGUUCUUUGUUAAAACCCGAGAAGGCGGUGAAGGCUAUAUUCCCGCCGAAGUUGCCGGACAUGGAUUUCUCUGAGUGAAAGACUGACUUUUCAUCAUAAUUCAUUAUGUAAUCAUGUGUAUAGAAUAAAUCAAUAUGACUCA